UUUCCCACACUCCCACCAUCAGGACACUCUUUUUAUGAGCGACUUAGAUUCAGGUGUUUGGCUUCCUCUUUGUGGCCCGAGCAGACGCAAGAGGACCCUGGAGAAGGGCUUUUUCUGCCCAGUAAGGCAGGGGUUAAAAGGAAGAGUUGCAACAUAUCUCCUUUCUAGACUGAGUCACCUCCCUCUACUGCCCCACUUCCCCCCCUCCAUAGCCCCAGCCAAAAUAUUAUAAAGAGGGACUAGAGGCAAAGGCGGGGGACUGGGAGGCUGGGACUUGGGCGAUCUCUCGGCCCCACAGGGAUUCCAGCAGCAAGAGACACUCUCCCUGCAUUUGGUUUCUCCGGCUGGGAUGGGAGGCAUGAACUGGAAGCCGCUGUGGCUGGGAUGUCUCUUUCCCAUCAUGGUGGUAGGGAGGUCUGUGAAGCCUGUGGAUCCGGAGGAGGCUCUGGAUUACCUGAUAAAGUACGGAUACCUGCAGAAGCCUCUGGAGAGAAUGGCUGAUGGGUUUGGGCCAGCAGAGGUGGCGGAAGCAGUGAGAACCUUCCAGGAAGUUUCAGAGCUGCCCACCUCUGGGCAGUUGGAUUGGAUAACAAGAGCACGAAUGGGGCAGCCCCGCUGUGGCCUGGAGGACCCCUUCAACCAGAAGAUCCAAAAAUAUUCACUGUUAGGUCGAUGGCGGAAGAGGCAUCUAACAUUCCGCAUCUUGAAUUGGCCAUCCACCCUCCCAGUCCACACUGCCCGGACAGCCCUGCUUACUGCCUUCAGAUACUGGAGCAGGGUAGCCAACCUGAGCUUCCGAGAGGUGCAGGCAGGCUGGGCAGACAUCCGUCUCUCCUUCCAUGGAAAAUACAGUGCCUACUGCUCAAAAGGUUUUGAUGGACCUGGGAAUGUUCUGGCCCAUGCUGACAUCCCUGAAUUGGGCAGUGUACACUUUGAUGAAUCAGAGACGUGGACAGAGGCAACAAAAAUGGGGGUGAAUCUUCGCAUCAUUGCAGCCCAUGAGCUGGGCCAUGCACUAGGGUUGGGCCAUUCCAGAUACCCACAGGCUCUCAUGGCACCUGUUUAUUCUGGCUUCCGGCCCUACUUCCAGCUUCACUUUGAUGAUGUGGCAGGGAUCCAGGCCCUCUAUGGCAAGAGGACCCUUCCUCAGAGUGAAGAGGAGGAGCAAGAGGAAAUUGAGGAGGAAGGGAAUGGAGCUUCCAUUGUAACUCCCAGGCCCACACUGCCCAGAGCUGUGCCUGACCCUUGCAGUGGGGAGCUGGAUGCCAUAAUGCUAGGUCCUUAUGGAAAGACAUAUGCCUUCAAAGGAGAUUAUGUGUGGACAGUCACAGGCUCCAGACUGGGACCGCUUUCCCACGUGGGGACCUUAUGGAGUGGACUCCCAGGAAACCUGGAUGCUGCCGUCUAUUCUCCUCGUACAAAACGGAUCCACUUCUUUAAGGGUAAUUUGAUCUGGCGAUAUAUGGGUUUCAAAUUGGUCCCUGGCUUCCCGAAGAAGCUAAACCAGGUGGGGCCCAACUUGGAUGCAGCUCUGUAUUGGCCCCUCAACCAGAAAAUCUUCCUCUUCAAGGGCUCUGGGUAUUGGCAGUGGGAUGAGCUGGCAGUGAAUGACUUCAGUCGUUACCCAAAGCCAAUAGGAAAGCUGUUCACAGGGGUGCCAGACAAGCCCUCUGCUGCCUUGAGCUGGCAGGAUGGCAAAGUCUACUUCUUUAAGGGCAAAAAAUACUGGCGGCUGAACAAGCAGCUUCGAGUGGAGAAAGGAUUUCCCAAGGACACCGCCCAGAACUGGAUGCAUUGUCUCCCCCCAACCACGGGCAUCCCAAAAUCAACUACUAGCUCCAUCCCAAGAACCGUCCAAGACUUAGCCAACAACACUACCACUUCCUUCUCAGCUCCAGAUAUAUCCUCUUCAUUCUUUUCCAGUGCCACUCUUGUUCAGGACUAGGAAUUGACCCCAUUCUUCAGAUCAUGGGUACCCUAACCCUGAAGGACUGCCCACCCUACUAAGGACAGUCCCAUCAGCUGUGGGCAACAUAAAGAUGAGUCCUGGGCUCAUCUUUCCACUCUAGGCAAGGGUACUUUCCCCUGGGCUACAGACAUUCUUUGUACCAAACAUCAAGUACUCCCUGGCUGCCCACACACCAUCUCCCUCAUCUUGGACAGCAUCAUCAGCUUCAGGACCCAAGGGCAGCUCUGUGUGUUUGGGGCCAUCUCCAAUGUCAACCGUUGUGUAGACUACAAAGUGGAUCUUUAGGGAUCUGGCUGGAGGGAAAGGGAGUAUUUGCUAACCAGGACAAACAAUGCUUAGAAGUUAGUGUGGUUAGGUUCUCUUUGUAGUUCUUGCUUUAGUCAAUGAAGUUCAAAUUGGGCAUCCCUAUGGAAUCUGGGGAUGAGGGAAAAAAUGUCAUCUUCUGAAACUGAAGUUAGAGUCAGUAGCUGAAUGAUGAAACAGCCCUCCUUGGUGAUCGGGUCAGAGAUGUUGGGUCUGCCCCAGUGAGAAAAGAGCCAUGAAUAAAUGUUGAGGUCUGACCCAGGGAGAAAGAAGCCACAAAUAAAUCUCACAGAGACACUGCUGUGUUCUUCUUCACUGUGUUCCUGUUCAUUCUUCAGCAUUUGGAUCCUAACAGAGCCGGCACCCUGGGAGAUGCAAACCUCUCCCUCAUCACUGCAUCUUCCAUUUCUCUCAUGCACUGAUCAUAUGCUUAUUUAUAAAGAUGACUUGAGAAUGCCUUCUCAUCAUACUAGACUAUAAGCCCCUGGAGGGCAAGGACCAAGUCUUAUUUAUCUUUUUUAUCUACCCAAGCACCUAAUGGUGUGCUUCCCAGAGUAGAUGGUUAACAUGUUUGUUGGAUCAAUAAAAGAAGGAAAUCAGAUCAAGCAUUUAAGAAACACUAGAUGCUGGGCUAAGGAAGAUGGGAAUGUGAGAAUGUGAGGGGGUUUCCAGAUGCUGAUCUCAAGGGUAAGAAAGCUGGAAUCUACUUUACUGGGUCCCAAAAGAUCCAGGACAAAGUUAUAUAACAGAAUGGUCUGCAGGAGGACCAAAUUCAUCACCGUGUCUCUGAUUCUAAGGAUUGCUUCCAGAUAUUUAGAAAUAUAGAAAAGUAUAAUGGGGGGGCAAUUUAUUAGACUACCCUUGUUUGAUGAAAACAUCCCUUACUCUUAUUUAUUCUUUACAGUGUUUCUGUAUUUAUCAAGCAAACCUUUGAUCCUUUAAUUUGGUUCUCAGGUGAGAAUGCCUGUGAUUGGCACUGGAGAUGUAGCUGGAUAUAAUUCCUAUUACCAAUAAAUUGGUAUCCAUGUUAAUAAUUCAGGUCAUGUGAUUGGUUAGACUGAACGAAUUCCUCAGAUUCUAAUGUUUCUGGGUGACAUUUUGUAACCGAUAAUAUUAUUACUAAACAUUUAAAAAAUAUCAAAUGUGUAUUUUCAGUUUUUUCUUUCUAAAUAAAUAAAUCCUUACCUUUU